UUGUAUGUAAAUAUUCUAUAUAAUUUUCAUUUUGUGUCGAUUUUAAAGUAUUUUGAUUCUUGACUUUUAUCAUUUAUAUAUAAAUAUGCCUUUAAAAGGUAUAAAAGUAUUAGAAUUAGCUGGAAUUGCUCCAGGUCCUUUUUGUGGAAUGAUAUUAAAUGAAUUUGGUGCAUCUAUAAUUAAAGUAGAUAAGAUUGAUGGAUUUUAUAAUACCAUUGAUGUUCUAAGUCAUGGAAAAAGAUCAAUUGCAUUAAAUUUAAAAACUUCUCAGGGUCUUGAUAUAUUUAAAAAAUUGAGCAAUCAAAGUGAUGUGAUUAUAGAUCCUUAUAGAGCUGGAGUAAUGGAAAAAUUAAAACUUGGGCCAAAAGAACUUAUGGAAACAAAUAAGAGAUUGAUAUAUGCUAGAUUAACAGGAUUUGGUCAAAAUGGACCUUAUGCUAAUAUGGCUGGACAUGAUAUUAACUUUUUAGGUUUAUCUGGUUUAUUAUCAUUAUUUGGACGAUACAAUCAAAAACCAACACCACCAGCUAAUCUAACUGAUUUUACUGGUGCAUUGAUUUGUGUUUUUGGUAUAAUGCUAGCAUUAUUUGAACGUAAUAAAAGUAACAUUGGUCAGAUAAUUGAUGCAUCAAUGGUAGAUGGAUCAGCAUACAUAGGUAGUUGGAUGUAUAGAUCUCAAAAUAUAUUUGGUUUAUGGGGAAAUCCCCGUGGUAAAAAUAUAUUAGAUUCUGGAGCACAUUUUUAUGAUACAUAUGAAACAAAAGAUAAACAAUAUAUAUGUGUUGGAGCAAUUGAAUCUAAAUUUUAUAAGAUAUUUUUAGAAAAACUUGGUAUUUCUUCUGAUGAAAUACCACAAUUUGAUAAAUUUGAAAAAAAUCGUGAAAAAUUAGAAAAAAUAUUCAAACAAAAAACUCAAGCAGAAUGGUGUGACAUAUUUGAUGGCACAGAUUCUUGUGUAACACCAGUUUUAAAUUUAAAAAAUGUUGCAUUACAUGCACAUAAUAAAGAAAGAAAUACAUUUAAGAUUGAAGAUGAUGGUUUAGUUACUCCAAAUCCUGCUCCUCGUUUAUCUCGUACGCCUGGUAUAUCCAAAAAAUAUCAAAAAAUUCCUGAAUUAGGUGAGCAUACUAUAGAAAUUCUUAAUGAAUUAAAUUUUAAACAUGAAGAAAUUACUAAUUUUAUAGCAAAUGGAAUUGUUAAUCAAAAAAUAAAACGUUCUUCACUUUAAGUAUGUAUUUGAUUUCUAUUGAAAUUUAUAUAUCUUUAUUAAAUAUAAAAUUAUAAAAUUAUAUAAAGACAUGCCUAUACUACAUAUGAUAGAUAAUCAUUUAUAGAUGAUCCAAUAAAUAAUGAGAA